AUGUCUGCCACCAGUGCAGCCCAUCUCAAUCAAGAGAAGCAUUGUACAAUGCUCGUAAAUUAUGAUCUGAAACCCAAUAUUACCAAGAAACAAUUGAAGGAAACUCUCGAAGCAAGUCCUCAAAAUGUGGGUGAUGAGGAGAGAAUUGAAGCAAUGAAGACUUUGUUGUUGAUGCAAUUGAACGGAGAAGAUUUCUCUCACAUGUUGAUGACCAUUAUACAAUAUGUAUUGCCUCAUCCAAACAAGAUUUUGAAAAAGCUAGCCUAUUAUUAUUUGGAAACAAUGAACAGAAGAGAAGUAGGAACCGGAAGAAUGCGUCCCGAUCUUUUGAUGGUCUGCUCUCAUGUAAGAAAUGAUCUUCUUCAUCCAAACGAAUACGUAAGAGGAUUUGCUCUAAGAUUUCUCUCUCAUGUUCGCGAACCAGAUUUGUUGGAGCCUCUCAUCACACCAAUUCUUCAAAACUUGGAGCAUAGAACAUCUUAUGUCCGUCGUUGUGCUGUUACCACAAUCUUUGCAAUUUACAGCAAUUCUGAAGAGACCAACGGUGAAAAUUUAAUUCCUGAUGCUCCAGAGUUGAUGGAAGAAUUUUUGAAGAGCGAAACUGAAAUUUCAGCCAUGCGUCAUGCCUUUGUGAUGUUGUUCCAUUGCGACCAAGAGCGUGCUGUUAGAUAUCUCAGAAAUAUGAUGAAUACUGUUGGACAACAAGGUGAUAUAUUCCAAUUAGCUAUUCUUAAUUUAUUGAAACAAAUGUGUAAGCAAUAUCCAAGUGAAAAGGCGACCUAUCUGAAGGUUAUUAGCAGCUUGUUGGAAUCCAAGUCAAGUGCUGUUGUGUAUCAAUGUUGUUGUACAUUGGUUGCAUUGUCAUCAUCUCCAAUAUCUGUCAAAUAUGCUGCUACUAAUUUCAUCAAACUUUUGCAAAAUCAUUCAGACAGUAACGUCAAAUUGAUUUGUCUUGAUCGUUUGAAUGAAUUGAAAAACAAGUUUGGCGUUGACGUAAUGCAACAAGAACAAAUCGUUCUUGAACUUCUUCGUACACUUUCUGCCUCAACCUCUGUCAAUUUAGAUAAUGAUAUCAGAAAGAAGAUUCUUGAAAUGGCAAUGGAAUUAAUAUCAUCUCAUACUGUAGAUGCUGUUGUUUCUGCUUUGAGACGUGAAUUGCAAAAGUCUAGAUCUGAAACAGUUGAAUAUGAAAAACAAUCUGAACAAGAAUAUCGUAGACAUGUUAUGCGUACUAUUCACACUUGUGUAAGAAAGUUCCCUACUCAAACAAGCAAUUCCGUUCUCACUCUAAUUGGAGCUGACCAAUAUUUAAGUGAUGCCAGUGGAGUUGAAUGUGCAAUGUUGGUUCGUGAAGUCGUUGAACUUUGCACACCUGAAUUUCGUGCAAGGGUUAUUGAAAAAUUGUGUGAAAAUUUCUCCACGAUUAACAACGCACGUACAUUUAGAAUUGUUUUAUGGAUUUUAGGCGAUUAUUGUGAUACUGUUGAACAAAUUCAAACUGCUUUUCAAACAAUCAAGUCAGAGAUUAAUGACUUGUUACAAGCAUCCUCUGAUCUUCCUGUUGACAAGCAUGAUGUAGAUGAUAGUGUGAGUGAUACAGGAAGUUUGAAGAGUACCAAGACUACCAAAUCUACCGCUACUAGCGCUAUUGGAAAAGAUGGUACCUAUGUUACUCAAUUUGCUGAUACUCUUUCUUCCACUGAUCAAAAUGCUGCAAGUAUUGCCAAUGCUAAUACUUUGAGAGGUUUAAUUGAAGAUCGAAACUUCUAUCUUGUCUCUGUUGUUGCCAAUACAUUGUGUAAAUUGGCAUUAAAAUUGAGACAAGUAUCCAAAGAUCAAAAGGAAGUGAACAGAUUUACUGCAGUUGUUAUGAACAUUUUAACUGUUCUCAUUCGCCUUGGUUUAAGCUCUUCCAAUGUUGGCUCUUCCAAGAAUCAAGAAGCAUCCAAAGGAGUUGCCGAACUCAGCCACAAGGGAAUCAAAAUGGACAAAGAUACCUUAGAAAGAAUUAACUUGUGUUUAAAGAUUUUGGCUUCAAAGAAUGAACAAGAAACAUCCUUGGUUGAUAUUAAGGAUAACAGAUCUGCUUUUACUAGAAUUUUGACUGAAGAAAAGGAAAAGGAAGCAACCGAACGUGAAGGACUCAAGAAAAAGAAGGAUUUGAGACAAAUUCAAUGCGAUUCUCUCAUUGUUAUUCCUCAAUUGAAGGGAAAAUCAUUUGACGCCUUUGAUUUUGAAGAUGAUCCAGCUGAUAUUUCAAGAGCAACCUCUAAUUUAUCUGCUUCUAUGGCUUCUGAUCAUGAAAAACUCAUGUCCAGAUUGAGCCGUGUCACUCAAUUGACUGGAUUCUCUGAUCCUGUUUAUGCUGAGGCUCAAGUUGUUACUCAUCAGUUUGAUAUUAUGCUGGAUGUGUUAGUUGUGAAUACUACAAAUCAAACAUUCCAAAAUUUGACUCUUGAAAUGAGUACUGUUGGUGAUUUGAAGUUGUGUGAACGCCCUCAAACAUAUACUCUUGCAGCAGGAGCUAGACAGCACAUUACAGCCAACAUUAAGGUAUCUUCGACAGAUAAUGGCAUCAUCUUUGGUAAUAUUGUUUAUGAUACCCCCAAGGGAGAAUCAUUCUGUAUUAUUUUGAAUGACAUUCAUAUUAAUAUUAUGGAUUAUAUUUUCCCUGCUUCAUGCAAUGACAUCCAAUUCCGUGCAAUGUGGUUUGAAUUUGAAUGGGAAAAUAAGAUUACUGUAAGAUCUCUCACAACAGAUGUUCCUUUGAGAGAUUAUCUCUCUUUCAUCAAGACAAUCACAAAGAUGAAUUGUCUUACUCCAGAUAGUGCUCUUGAUGGUGAAUGUGAAUUCUUGUCUGCCAAUCUCUAUGCAAGAAGUUCUUUUGGAGAGGACGCUUUGGCAAAUGUUUCUUUAGAAAAAUUGACAGAUGGCACUAUCGAAGGAGUUGUAAGAAUUCGUAGCAAGACUCAAGGUAUUGCAUUGUCAUUAGGUAAUAUUAUCGCCGAGGAGACCAAGAAAUUCGAUGAAAAGAGACUUAAGAAAUAA